AUGGCAUAUAUCUCUCUUGACAACAGGGUCGAGUACGAUCCUCAGCCAAAGAAGUCGUCCAAAGGGCGUCCGAUAUCUGAUGGAGUCUCUUCGUUUCAGACCACCAGUCCUCUCCUUGGUCAUCCCGCCUCUGGUGAUAUCUGCGCAACAGUAGUACCGCCUGCAUCAGCUAGCAAGGACCUAUCUUCUUUUGCAAAUAUCAACUCCGCGACUACAGAACCUCGAAUUGAUAUUGAGAAGUCUUGUCCACCACCGGCAGCGGCACUCGUCGCCUCUAACGCAUUCGAUGAGAAAGACAAAAACAAGGACCAUAGCACGUACGAUCAGAAGGUAAAUCAGGAAACAUGUCAAAGUCCGACUGAGAAAAUUCAUGACAACCACUACGCUGAACAUUACACCGAGGAAAACACACGUUUAUGUGAACCUUCAGAGACUACGGAAACCUCGUUAGCUGAAGAUCUUACAGUCACAAGAUCUCUAGAGAUAGGGAUGUCGCCCCUUCUUUCAGACGGUGAAAUUGAGCGACACAGAAGUCCCGUUGCAGAAAAAUUUCUCGGAGAAAUGCCGUCAACGGUUCCAGAUGACCCCAUCGCCUGGGCAGCACAGUCUGACGCAACCUGUAUAGACCAAAGGUCACCGAGCCCUGCCAUCACAUCAACCGGUGACGCAAUGUGCCUCGACACUCUAGCGGAUAAGGGCAGGCAACAAUCUGUGUGUCAACAUUCCCUGAUCGCAGAAGCAACAGUAGCCCAAUCCGAGCCCUCUCAAACCCGACAGGUCAACCGCAGCCAACAGGGACGCAAUACCUUAGUAGGAAUGCCUUGUAAAUCUCUACCAGUGGUAGUCCAUCGUCGACCGUUGCAGUCCAGCAAGGUAUCUCGCACUACUCGUCAAUCAUGUCGUUCUCGGUUCAUUCCAAGCACAGACAGCGACGAUCCGGGGGAUAGUGACUAUCAUGAACACAGCCAAGCUGAGAGUCAAAUAGAAGAUGAUGAACCAGUAGCUCGUCCAGCCAAGAGAAAAAGGACGGCGAAUACUGGUAUGAAUGCGUCCCAGUUGCGGAAGAAAAGAGUGCAGGCGCACUCUUAUCAACGAAGCUCUUCACUGAGAGUCGCGAGCCCUGAGUCCGCGAUCCACAGUUCUACCAGUCCAGAGACUAUACGUAUCCAGGGUCAAUUUCUUCGCAAAGUCUCUUUAAGCCGCGUUGAGUAUUGCUGCUGCGUCGCAGAGGAUGAAAACUCAGCCGUUUCCAAUCCUAUCUCAUCUGACAUUUGGGCAUCAUUCAAGAAGCUGGCAGACAAGGGGGGGCAGUCAACUGGCAUGCCUGACUUUCAAGCUAUUGAUAUCGAAGGCUUAUUUACUCGUGAACUUAAGCCAUGUGGAUAUAUAUGGAGCUUCAACUUCAAGGAGAAGCACGCGAAAUCGCCGGAAAAUCAUUCCUUGCCCCAGGAAGGAAGGGUAUCACCGACUCUAGAUGACCUUGUGGUAGACAGCCAGACUUCCCCGCGGGCAGAUGAGUGUGUGCCUCCGAAGGGCAAGGAUUAUACUGCCGAAGAAGAUGAGCUGAUAGUCCAUCUCAAAGAGACUGAAAAACUUUCGUGGUCACGCAUUGCAGCACGCUUUCCUAAAAGAACACAGAUGGCCCUGCAGUUCCUGGGAGAUCUAUCAAUACUUGUGUAUAUUCCACCAUCACUCAUACUGGAAGGAUGUCGUACAAGACCAAGAACAAGCGAAUCAAGGUCUUUUCAGAAGUCCAAAUGUCUCCAUCGUCUUACACUGAGUCUUGUAAACUCCAAGGCUAAGGCUAUGUACAUUAACGUUACUCUUGAAGCGGAAAAAGCUACCCGUGCCGCCAAGCCCGGUACUCGUUGA